AUGGAUAACCAAUCCAUUUUCAAAUAUAGUUGGGAGAUUUUACCCAAGAAAUGGGUACAUAAAAUGAAAAGAUCGGAACAUGGGAAUAGAUCUUAUACCAAUACUGACUACCCAUUUCCAUUGUUGUGCUUUCUAAAAUGGCAUACCUAUACAAGGGUUCAAGUUUCGAUCGAUAUUUGCGGAGUGGAUCAUCCCUCUCGAAAACGCAGAUUUGAAGUUGUCCAUAAUUUACUGAGUACUCGGUAUAACUCACGCAUUCGUGUACAAACAAGUGCGGACGAAGUAACACGAAUAUCUCCGGUAGUCAGUCCAUUUCCAUCAGCCGGCCGGUGGGAGCGAGAAGUAUGGGAUAUGUCUGGUGUUUCUUCCAUCAAUCAUCCGGAUUUACGCCGUAUAUCAACUGAUUAUGGUUUCGAGGGUCAUCCAUUACGAAAAGACUUUCCUCUGAGUGGAUAUGUGGAAGUACGCUAUGAUGAUCCAGAGAAACGUGUGGUUUCUGAACCCAUUGAGAUGACCCAAGAAUUUCGCUAUUUUGAUUUUGCUAGUCCUUGGGAACAGCGUAGCGACGGAUAA